ACGACUUUCACUUUCUUUGACUGCCGUAAUUUGGAAAGGUGCUUAAGACGGUUAAUUAAACCUGCCUUUAUGGAUAUUAUAUUGAAAUGAUACUCAAAACAAGAUACAAAUGGGAUAUUCUGAUAUUAAUAACGGAGGAAAGCAAUUUAGGAAUUUAUGAAUAAAUAUGCAAUGUCUGUGAAAAAUGACUCUUUGAUGAGUUCAGUUGUUUAUGAAUAAGCUGAGCUGUUUUUAUAGGAUAAGCCGCAAUUAGCAAGAGUUGGAGGAUUUUUGACAGAAACACAUUAAAUAUAUACAAUGUUGGACUAUUGUAACAACACGGAUGGUAGUGCCUCGAGCUACCAGACGUCAUCUCCUUCGAUGACGUCAUUUUUCAAUAUGGGUAUGACGUCACCUUUGACGUCACCGGAAACUCAACAACGUCAGUCAGCGUUCGUGCUUAGCAGUCCGCAACUGGCCGCUUUACAGACUCUUACAGAGACGAAGGCGCCCAUGUGCUCCACGGCUGCCGACACCAGUAUGUCUAGUCCCUAUAGUUAUUCGCAAUCAACAUUAAAACACUUGGGACUCUCAUGGGCACAAACAUCUCACAGAAUAACGGACAUUUUGGGCCGGCCCCUGAAUUCGCUCGGUGUCCCCUCUCUAAACGCGGGGAUGUACCUACAACAGCAAUCGAGGCUUUCCAAACUGGCGGAACUUCCGGGCCGCCCGCCCAUCUACUGGCCCGGCAUCAUGAACAACGGCGCAUGGAGACCAACCGCGCAAGGCAACGUGAUAAUCGACAAGGACGGCAAGAAGAAGCACACGCGGCCCACGUUCUCUGGUCAGCAGAUCUUCGCGCUCGAGAAGACGUUCGAGCAGACGAAAUAUUUGGCGGGCCCUGAGCGUGCUAGACUCGCGUACGCCCUUGGCAUGUCAGAAAGCCAGGUCAAGGUCUGGUUUCAAAACCGGCGGACCAAAUGGCGUAAGAAGCACGCGGCGGAGAUGGCGACGGCGAAGAAGAACCAUGACGACGGUGCCGACAUGUCGGGAACCAGUGACAUGGAGGACGACAUUCCCGACAGCAGCAGUCCACUCACAGACGACAGUUUCGAUUUCAGUGCGCUAAAAUGACGUUACAAGUGUUUAUCGUCUCCAGUAAAUUCAAUUCGCUGAAGUGACGUCACCAGUUCUGUGUAUAUUUUAUCCAUUGCAGAAAGCUGAAAUGACGUUUCUUGUGUAACGCGAAAACGAGGCUUAACUAAAAUUAGAUUACAUAAUGGAGUUUCGAUAUACGUAGAGCAAUGUACAGCGCCGUUAACAAUGUGCUUGAAUUAUGUGCUUCAGUAAUAUUGUCAUUGAGGAGGCAUACACACUUCCCGAGAAACAGGGUAUAAUUAACGAGAAUUGUUCAGACAAUUGUGUCAGCGCCUUUAAGGUCGAUGGCCAUCAUUUUGUUUUCGCAUCAACAUUGAGUGUAUGUAUAUUGUUAGUAUUUUAGAAAUGCUGUAGAAAUGCCAGUUAAAUAACGGGCUGAUAUGUUUUGUCUGCAUUUACGUAGAUGAUCUGUUACAUCUGUAUCUAUGUAUGGUGUACUAACAGCCGAUUAUUCGGUUGUUUGUUUGUUUGUUUCAUAUAGGAGUAUAUUAGUUUUACAUUCCGCUGAUGUCACUAAUCUCAUUUUACACACAGAUCUUAAUUUCAUUGCGCAGCUCAGUAAUGCUUGCCAAUACAAGCAAGCAUGAACAUACCUACGACGUGCUCUUUCCGGGCAAAAAUAAAUAACCGCCCUUUGACAUCAGAAUCAUGCAGAAGCCACCCACAAACAGUCCAAAGUUAUUUUGAUUGUUGACUUAUAGUUUCCCAGCUCACUUGGAUUAUGUAUUCAUGUCUGUUCGUCCCUCCAUGACAUUCACCUUAUCAUGAACGUGGCUGGGCUUACCACCCAUGGAAGCUCGAUUCACUUUUAAAACAAGAGCGCAUUCAUCGAACACUAAUACUGCGAGAUAACGGACAAAGACGUAUCAAGUCUGCAAACAAGCCCAACUUGCAUUGAAUCAAAUGCGCAAACUAGGCCGGGAAUGUCGUCAAAGUACGCCCCAUUAAUCAAAUACCUAUCAGUCAUUUCUCAAAUAUUCUAGGGUCAAAAGCCAUACUUUUCGAUCCCUUAAAUCCCUAUUGAGUUUGGGGUUAGCGAAACAAUCAUCUCGCGGAGUUGCAUGUUAUCACGAGAGCUGACAUUUGACCCGGGAUUUCCUGACACACACGUGACUCCACACUUGACUAAUUUAUUGACAUGUGUUACAAUACAUGUAUUAGAUUGUCUCCAUACAAUCACUUAUUUUCACUUUUUUCUUGGUAACAACUUAAUGAGAGAAUGCAAACUUGAUUGUUUUGUGUUUUCUGCUCUCUUGUGGCAAAGGCUUAAUGUCCUAACGGAUUUAAGAUUACAUAUAUAUUAUUAAAUCACUUUGUAAACAUUUUCAGUUCGAGUUUCAUCAACUUCAGGUCUCAGUUUUAUGAAAAUUUCCCAUGUUGUAUUGAAUAAAUUAAAUUUCUUAAAAACACACAACACCAAUGGAUACAUUGGAUGAGUUAUAUUGGUUUUCGCAAUUAUGCUUUGUCCAAUUUGAGGGCAGUAUUUUUAACAUCUCUUUACUGUUAUCUCGGAAAAACUUUAGUCAGCCGUUAUUGAUUUAGAUCUAGUGUUUCGUGAUUUUAUAACACAGGCUGGAUCAGAAGACAAAAUAUAAUUUCAAUCACCAGGCAGGUUUAGGGUUAUUUUAUCAAAUAAAUGAGCCUGGGGUGUCGUACACUUAAUGCAUACUAACAAUCUUUAAUCAUGAGAUAAUAAAUAGUUAACUAACAAAAUGUUUUUCAAACAUGAUAUCUUCAACUGUGCAUCAACAUCUGACUAUAGCUCGCGUGAAACUGAGGCCAGAAGCAGACAUAUAGAUCCAAUUUGUGCAAUGUUCCCAACCCCUGUCAUGAUGUUCCAUUAUGCCUAAAGCUUGAUCAUCGUUAUUGCUUAUGUUGUUAUUUAUAAUAAUACAGACACUUCACUUUACGCAAAACAUUUGGAAACUCGUUAAUAAAAGUUCUGAAAUCA